AUGUUGUCUCUUCAAGCUUUUCUCUGUAUUCCUCUUAUUACCUUUUAUUUCUCACUUCUCCACUUUGUCCAUCUAAACUCAGCUAAUUCGGAUUCGAACUCUGGUCUCUGCACUCCUUACCCAUGCAACCAACCGCCUCAACCGCCUUCCUCUACGGGGUACUCUCCAUACGGUAAUCCUCCUCCACCGCCUUCACUGUCAUCACCUUCACAGUCAUCACCGCCUCCACCGCCUUCACUUUCAUCACCUGCAGAGUCAUCACCGCCUCCACCGCCGCGUUCACAGUCACACUGUCCUCCUAUUCCGCCGACAGGCUGUUGCAACCAACCGCCACCUUCUACGUAUUAUUCUCCUCCGUAUCCUUACUUUUAUACUCCUCCUUAUCCUUACGGUACUCUCGGCGGAGGAGGAAGCGGUGGCAGCCAAGGACAAGGAGGAGGAGGAGCUGGAGGUGGCGUAACUGGAGCAGCGGUGGCUUACUAUUCUUCUUCUUCCGUGCCGGUUUAUAUUUUCAUGCUUUUGUUAUCUUGUGCCUUUGUGGUCUUCUAG